AUGGUGCAAAAGGACUUAAACAACGACCUAAUUGCCUUUGUUCAGCUGAACAUCUCACGUCGUGCGGUUCGUUGUUCCUAUUCGAUGGCUUCAGUUCCGAAUCUUACCCUUAACAGUGCUCAUGGGAUUCCGCAACUUGGUUUUGGGACCUUCGAUGCUCCCAAAGAAGUCGUGACUGAAGCGGUUGAAGUAGCCAUCGGCGCUGGAUUUCGCCACAUCGACUGCGCCAUGUUCUACCGCAACGAACCAGAAGUUGGCACUGCAAUAGCAGCAUCCAUGAAGAAGCACAACCUUAACCGUGAAGACAUCUUUGUUACUUCAAAGCUUUGGUGUGACAAGCAUGCUCCUGGAGAUGUCCGCAAAACGUGUGAGCGUUCAAUUAAAGAUCUCGGGGUCCAGUACCUGGAUCUUUACCUGAUUCACUGGCCAGUUUCCUUCCAGCACAAGGAAGGUCUUAAAUUCGACAUUAGUAAUCCUAGCUGCAUUGUAUACGAAAAUCAUAAACUUGAGGACACAUGGAAGGCCAUGGAAGAAUUGGUAUUUGCUGGACUCGUCAAAUCAAUUGGUGUGUCUAACUUCAACAAACGACAAAUUGAACGCAUUUUGGCAUCAUGCAUAAUUCCUCCGGCGGUAAAUCAGGUCGAAGUGAAUAUCCACUGGCUCAACACGAAGUUGAUUGAAUUUUGUCACUCCAAGAACAUCCAGGUUGAGGCCUAUGCACCCUUCGGUUCUCCUGGUUUCAUGAAAGGCCAAGCGAAGCCGCUUCUACAGGAGGAGAAUGUUGUCGAAAUCGCACACAAACACAAAAGGACACCUGCACAGGUGCUGUUGCGCCAUGGUCUCCAAAGAGGCCUCAUUGUUCUCACCAAAAGUGUCACUCCCGAGCGCAUCAAGUCAAACUUUGAUGUAUUCGAUUUUGAGUUGACCGAUGCAGAAAUGGAGAAGCUCAACAAGACCAGUUUGAACAAACGUCUUUUCGCGGUCCCAAUUUUUGAAAAGCAUCCUGAAUAUCCGUUCCACGAGGAGUAUUAA